CGCCCCACCCCCUCCCCCCAGGCACCUGCGGAAGGGCGGUAGGCACGGACCCUUGCGGAGGUGAAGGGACAGCGUGAGCCCGGACGCCCGGAGCUGGCACGCGGACAGGUCACAGCUGCAGGAAGGUCCACAAUGAGCCUGGUAGCCUGUGAAUGUCCACCUGGCCCAGGCCUGGAGCCGGAGCCCUGUUCACGAGCACGGUCCCAGGCCUGCAUGUACCUGGAACAGAUCCGUAACCGGGUAGCUGCCGGGACCCCUGACGUGACCAAACGUGACUACCUGGUAGAUGCAGCUAUACAGAUCCGCCUGGCACUGGAGCGAGAUGUCAGUGAAGACUAUGAGGCAGCCUUCAACCACUACCAGAAUGGUGUGGACGUGCUACUCCGUGGUGUACAUGUUGACCCCAACAAGGAGAGAUGUGAAGCUGUGGAGUUGAAAAUUGCCAAGUACCUACGGAGGGCAGAGGAGAUCUUCAACUGCCACCUGCAGCGGACACUGGGCAGUGGAGCCAGCCCCAACACGGGCUUCAGCAGCCUGAGGCUCCGGCCCAUCCGCACACUGAGCUCUGCCCUGGAACAGCUGAGGGGAUGCAAGGUGGUUGGGAUCAUUGAGAAGAACUGUGGGGAUCCCGAGUUGACAGCGUGGUCCCCCCCUUGUGGAGUUCACAACCAGUGGAGACAGGAGGUUAGAUCAUGUGAGAAAGCCCUCCUGAAGGUGCAGCUGGUCCAGGACCCAGCAACGGGAGGAACCUUUGUUGUGAAGGCACGUGCUACUCAGCUGUGCUGUCCAGUGGGCCUUCCCAGGUGCCACAUGGGAAGCCAGGAGCGGCUGACAAUCAUCCCACACGGAGUGCCCUACAUGACAAAAUUACUUCGAUACUUUGUGAGUGAGGACUCCAUCUUCUUGCAUCUGGAGCAUGUGCAAGGAGGUACUCUUUGGUCACAUCUACUCUCCCAGGCCCACUUUCAAUAUUCUGGGCUCAAGCCUGGCUCUGCCCAGGAGAAGUCAAAAGUCCAGCCCAAGACCCACCUCUGCCUCAUGACCCCUGCAAAGCUCCCACCAGGCCACAGCUUGGCGCAGGACAGAUUCCCAGUGGAGCCUCCCUGGACUUCUCAGAGCCUUCCCCCAGCCAAGGAGAUCCCAUCCCUCCAGCUUCAGAAAGAGGCUGACAGCGAACCUUCAGCCAGGACCAGUCUUUUCUGCUCUUCGGACCUCACAGAAGCCCCGUGUGGCCACUUGCGCAGUCAAAUCAGGCGAGCUGGCCAGAGUUCGAACCCUGCACCCAACCGGAGGCUCCACUGGGUACGGGAAGGGGCUGACCGGGUGCUAGGGGCCUAUGGCCGAGGCAGAGGUCAGAACCCGCCAUCAGCAAACAGGGCCAGCCUGGGGUGUGGAAAAGCUGUCUGGAGCCCGAGGGAGGAGCAGGUGAAGCGGUGGGCUGCGGAGAUGCUGGUGGCACUGGAGGCCCUCCAUGAGCAGGGGGUGCUGUGCCGGGACCUCAACCCACAGAACCUGCUUCUGGACCAGGCAGGUCACAUCCGACUCACAUAUUUUGGCCAGUGGUCAGAAGUGGAGCCCCAGUGCAGCCAGGAGGCUGUGGACUGCCUGUACAGUGCUCCAGAGGUUGGGGGCAUUUCUGAGCUGACUGAAGCCUGUGACUGGUGGAGUUAUGGGUCACUUCUGUAUGAACUGCUUACAGGAACAGCACUGUCCCAGAGCCACCCCUCAGGAUUCCAGGCCCACACCCAACUUCAGCUGCCUGAGUGGCUGGGUGGCCCAGCAGCUUCUCUGUUGACUGAGCUUCUGCAGUUUGACCCCCAGCGGCGCCUAGGUGCUGGAGAUGGUGGCACCAGCCAACUCAAGUCCCACCCCUUCUUCAGUGGUAUCCAAUGGAGCCGACUAAUGGGGUAAGGGGUGGGUAAGUGGACAAAGAAGCUGGCCUGGUUCCUGAUCGGCUGCCAUCUGGGCUGGCCCUCGUCAGGGGACUUCAGGGGACGAAGGCAGUUUCCUGCUUGGGCCUCAGAGGACUGCCUGUCCUAAAAGAAGUCAGCCCCCGUAGGAGCUGUUGGAGGGGCAGUGCGGUGCAGCCUGCUGAGCAACCUAUGCUCAACAGUCGACAGACUCCCUGCACCCUUAGCUGGGACCCAUCACGUUAAAGGAUGCCUUCUGUUGCUCUAGCUCCAAACUACUUAACACCGUGAGCCAAGUGAGAAUCUGGUGGCACUGCCAUGUUGUACACCACUCAGGACAUCUCAGGACACUGAACCUGUGGCUCAGUAGACCCAAACCAAGACUGUUCUGGGUCCAUCCCAGUGAGCUGCUGCUUCUACCAGAGGAUGCUUGUUCCACAGGGGUCGGGGCACUCGGAAGGUUAUUCUGAGGAGUAAAAUGCAGAGGUGGGGGAAGAGAAGCCAACAGGGUUAAGAGUGGAGUAAGAAUACAGCGUCACCACGUAGACUGAGUUUGAAAAUAGAAUAAAAGAGCUUUAUUCUCUGGCUGGCUCUCCUGUGUCAGAAGAGUCUGCCCCACAGGACCAACAGAAGAUUCUUUCUCAGGUGUUCUUUUCCAUUCUGCAUUUUGGUAUGAAGCUCUGUUCAAUUCACUGCCCACUGACUUUUAGAAUGAGACACCACAGAACAUACAGAGCAAUUUUACCCAAUGCUUCUGGCCAGGUAUUUCUGGUCUCUGAAGAACUGGGUAAGUUGGCAUCUCCAGACCACAUCCCCUUCCCUAGGUGUGAAGGCUUGCCUCAGGACAACCCAGUCGCUGGGGUGUGGCACAUGCAACAAAAUUUCACUUGAUCAACACCACAGGUGGCAUCUGGCAUAGUUCACCAAUCAGAGAACUCACCAAACACUCGUGUGUGUGUGUGUGAGGGGGAGUUGGGGGGCUACACAAUGACACAGAUUACUGUUUCCGAGUCUGGAGCAGAGGACAAGGAAAGCUCAACGUUCCAUGGCCCGAAUCCUAACAGCCCCUGGGGUUUGUCCAGUUGCUAAUAAAGCCUAUUCUUUCUGUGA